UUCAUAGAGUCAAUAUUUUGUAACAACCAAGAUUUGUUUGGCAAAAUGUCGGAAGGAUCACAAGCACCGACGGCCUUCCAAGCCACCGCCCUGUCUGCUCUUGGUGCGGACGAGAAAGAUGCUUGCUGUAAUAAAGGAAAUGGAGUUAAAUCUCAUCCGAUAUUUGAAGCUGUGAAAUCAGGCAAGUUGAUUCCUGUGCAGACGCUAGUGGAGCAGCAAGGCCUGUCAGUGUUGGCGCUUCGUGAUGACAAAGGCCACACGCCUGCGCACUGGGCCUGUCUUGGGGGACACACUAGUAUUCUCAGGUACAUGAUAGAGAACAAAGUUGCCAUUGAUGAGGCUAGUUCCAAUGAACUCGGAGCUCACCCUGUUCACUGGGCUUGUGUCAAUGGGCACAUUGCAGUGGUGGACAUCUUGACCCAGGUGGGUGUGGAUUUGGAUGUGACUGACAACAAACACUGCACUCCUCUCAUUGUGGCUGCUCAGUAUGGCCAGACCAUGCUGGCCGGCUACCUCAUGGGCAAAGGGGCACGACUGCAGCUGACUGAUAAGGAUGGCGAUAAUGCUUUACACUGGGCUGCCUUUAAAGGCCACAAUGAGCUCAUGCGACUGCUGAUCUACUCUGGCUUUAACCCGCGACAGAAGGACAACUAUGGCCAGACUGCGCUGCACCUGGCCUGCAUAAAUGGUAACCUCACUGCUGUCAGGGAACUGUGUGAGCAGGACGGUGUGGAAAUCGACUUAGCGGACAAUAAUGGAAAAACUCCCCUGAUGCUUGCACUGGGUCGCAAACAUGACCCAAUUGUGGCAUACCUCAAGACAGAAGUGCAGACGAGAAACAGCUUAUUGCCCCGUAUUGACUGUUGGGCCAUUAUCUUUGGACCACCGGGCAACAGUAAAGGUGCUCUAUUAUUCUUCCUAUUUAAUGUGGUGUUCUGGGGAUACCCAAUGUACAUAUUCAAGUGCUUGCCGGUGACGUGGUACGACCUGCAGAUAUUUCACAUCUUGUUUAUGUUCAUCAACGUGGCCAUGUGGGUGUGCCUGUACCAUGCCAACACCAUCGACCCUGGGUACUUGCCAAGGAAUAUUCCGGAGUAUGAUUUAGCCAUCAAACAGGUAGCACAUUUUGAUGAGUGGAAACAAGGCCAGAACCCGUUAUCUCGGCUCUGUCACACAUGUCGCACGGUGAAGCCGCUGCGGGCCAAACACUGUCGUGUGUGCAAUCGCUGCGUCAAGGAGUUUGACCACCACUGCCCGUACAUUCACAACUGUGUCGGCUACUAUAACAGGGUCUGGUUUGUGGCCUUUCUGGGCUGCCUUACCGUGCUGGUGAGCUUGUCCGACUUCUUCUGUUACUAUAUCAUGAACUACGUCUACUGGGACUGGCUGAUGAUAAUCGGUGCUGUGGAGCUGUGCAUCUUUUCUGUGGUCAUUGGCGUGGUGGCCACUAUGUCGAUAAGUCAUGCUGCCCAGAACAUUACUACUAAUGAAAGGAUCAACAAGAAGCGCUACGCCUACCUCAAGGACGGCAAGGGAGCUUUCUAUAAUCCCUUUGACAGGGGAGCAGUGCCAAAUCUUAUGGAGUUUUUGCACCUGAAACGUGCAGUUAGAGAGGACGAAGUUCAUUUGUUAGGUGUGCAUGUUGUGUGAAAAUGGAUGAAUGGUACUGUAUCUGCUAGUCUUCAUCAUAGAGAUGUGCUCAUAUGUUGAUAUACAUGUGUGGUGUCCGAUUCAUUCUUUUUGUAAAGGUAAUUGUCAUUAUGAAUGGAAAGUGUUGCUGGAGAUGGUAGGUAAAAUUAGUGAAGGGGAGGGGGGGUUGGGUGUUUACAAUUUGUGUGUGUGUGUGUGUGUGUGAAUGUUCUAUUUUUUUAAUAGCACAAUUGCAAUGAAUGACUUUCUUGGUUGUUGAGUUACUUUUCCCCUCUACACAAGUUGCAGAAAUGGAUGUUCCUGAGUUUUUGUAUUGCAUUUUCACGGAACAUCGAUCUCAGUGGGAUUGCUGACCCAGUAUUAUAGUAUCCAGUGACCUCAUUAACUUUUUCUAAUACCCUAUUGAGAACCUGUUGAGGAAUUUGUUGCAUUUUUAACAACUUUCUGUAGACCUGACUGAGUUUUAAAAACGUACAGUUCUUUGGCAUAUGCAUGGCUUCAACACUUGAGAUGUUUGUUUCCUGUUGUGUGCGAGGUGUCAUAGAAUGUGAAAGUUUUUCUGGUAAAAAUUACUCUUCAGUGAGUUACAGAAGUCCAAUAUUAAGUUCCAUCUGAGACCCAGACAAGAUACCAAAUGACUGGUCACAGUUGGUCUUAGAUUUUCCACUUUUAUGAAUACGUUGUUUUUUUCCCAAUAAUGUUACGGCAAAGUAAGAUUUUUUUUCACUGUUAUAUUUAGUGUGAACAGAUGUCUGCUGAGGAAGUUUUGAUAUUAUUACUGUGCUUUUCUAUGGCCUGUGAUGUGUUUGUGAGAACUUGUUGGUCGAGUACUGUCGUUAAUGUCUUCUGUCAAGUUACAAGUAUCUUCAAGAUCUAGAGACCAUAAAAGCUAUAUUUUAUUUAAUAAAAAUAUGAAUCCGUCAGCGAACAUGAGUGACUGUAAUAUGGUAUUGUUUCGGCUUUGAUGUAUGAAAGGUGAUGCGGCAGUGUGCUGAAAUCUGAGGACUCGGCGUCAAGUUUCAGCUAUUGUUGAGAUAAAUGGCUACCGUGUGGUAUGAAGUAGACCAAGACUGCAGUUAAUAUUGUGCCAAGUCUAUAUGUGUACGAUUUGUACAUAAGUUAAUGCGAAUGUCUCAUUGCUCUUGACUUGAAAGUCAUCAGUGAAGUUCUAGAAUCUUGGCGUCCACUUUUUGCAUGGUUUUUAUUUCUCUCCACCAUCCUACCGCUUUCUCCUGUUUUGUCUGUACACAUAGCCUUUUUUUCUGCUGUGGCAGCUUUUGGAAGUACAUUUUAUAUCCUAUACCCUCAACUUUUAUGUUAACUACUAUUGAGGCUCAUCGAACAUAUUUUGAGUCUAUUUAUUCAUCUGUUAACUUUCAGAAUUUUAUUUGCAAAGUUCAAUUGCUUUUCCAGUUUGUUAGUGAAAAAGAGUAUUAUUUUCAUUCCUGUUAUUGCAUUGUAGUGUUUGUUGUUGUGUUUGUGCCAAUGUAUAUGUGCUUUUCGGGGGGGGGGGGUUGUUGUUUAGAAAUCUCUUGCUGUUAAGAACAAAAGAAAAACAAAACAGUCCAACUGCAAAAUAAAAUAUUGUGUUUAUUAGUUUCCUGCAUAUUUUGUUGACACUCUCUCUUAAUAUUGUUACUGUUAUAAGGGAAGAAUUCUCUGGAUUUCUCUUGCUGUAAAGAGUGAAAGAGAAAAAAACCCAGUCCAAUAGUGCAGGAAACGAUGUUAAAUGUGUUAAUGAUGUCCUACAUGCUUUGUUUAUCUAACUCUGAGGACAUUUUAGUGAUAGUUCAAAAGUUUGUUUCAUUGUUUUUAAGCUAUGUUGUUGGACCAUAGAAUCUUACCUCAGUUUGUGCUCAUUCGCUCCAUACCUUUGUCUCUUUUGAUGUGGAGGUUAAGUGAAGUCUUUAGCUCAAAGCAUGUGUGUCUGUCAGAUUCUGUUUUGUCCUUAUGCUCAAGUCUCCCCUCAUACAUGCAUGCCUGCUAUCUUGAGAGAGCAGUUCUUUUGUCAGAACACACCGCUGUCAAUUUAUUGAUCAUUCAUUGUUCUAGCUGACACUUCAUCAGAUAUUCUCGAGCUCAAAUCAAAAUCUCCUAACCUGGCCAGACCGGCCCCCCUGACCCUAGCUUAACUCUAUACCUGAUGAAGCGUUGAGAGCAAGAGCUCCGAGUUACUGGUUGACUGGGAAUCCUUCAUAGGUGUUGGGUAGUGCAAUCCCAGUGUAGCGGGAAUACGGUCCUGGGGGUUACAGUUUUAUUGCUCGUUGGAGAAAUGAACUUUAUAUGACAGGUUGCAAUUUGAGAGAGUGAGAUGUAGAUGUAUUCAGCUCCAGAUAUUGUCACUUAUCUGUGAAACAAUUCAUGCUGGUGUUAUGUGUGGUACUGUUAGAUGCUGGGUUUUUUUCAUAGAGGAAAAUGCUGAAUAAGAAUGAGAAAUGUAUUGUUUAAAGGUGUGAUUUCCUUCUCCAUGAAUAGGUUCAAGCUUUACUUGGGACAGCUACUGUAAUGACAGCCUGUUACUUUUUAAUUAUUAAUGGCAGGCAGGGGCAAAGGUAUCCAAGUCCAGGGCUGGAUUAAGCGAUUCUGAAUAUCUCGUGGGCCAAAGCAGGAGAAAACUGGGUAAAAAUUGGUUGAAAUACCCAAACUCUCAAAAGUCAAGACCAAAACUGACACUAUAGUAUAGUACAUGCCCCUCAAGGAUAUUAAUUUUAGUGUUAGUCCAUUGUGAGAAUCUCCAUAACACAGAACCUUACUCCAAAGGUAAACAAACUAGUUGCCAAGGGAAAAUGACAAAUUGGCAUAAGAAAGAAAACUGUCUUGCUUUUAUUUGUUAUUAUUUUACCCUUUGUCUGCUUUAAUUCAUAUCAUUGUUUUUUUUUUAAAGUUUUAGUUUUCCACGGCUCACUGUGUGUUUAUCCAGUUUGGUGUGCAACUUUAAGUGUAAUUUGAGUUUGUCCUCCUGAAAGAUAGGGUUUUGAUUUGACACUCCCCUGUUAUAGAGGGUGAAGGAUUGAUUCAAUUUGGGACAAUGCAACACUCUGCAAUGGAAAUGUGCUCAGCUAUUUUGAGCUGAAGAUAAAAGUAUCAAUGUGUUGACAUUUGAGUUUUGUCAAGAGCAACUGAGCAUUUAAUUGUCUGUUACCAGGUUGUCGAAUGUAUAGUAAAGUCGGCUUAUCAAGUCAUUUCUCUUUUUAGAUUAAAGAAAUGUAGGCCUAUGUUUGGCUAAUUGUACUUGUAGCCUUUUUGUAAAGUGCUUGAGUUUGUUCUUUAUUGCGGGUUGAGUGCUACAGAAAUGUCGUAUUUUAACAAUUGUAUUUGGAAUUCUUGGGGAGUAAAGAACAAGUAAAUGUUUGUGCCCCUCAAGUUUUCUGGGGAGAAGUGUUUCUAACCCAAAUCAGCUGUUGACGUAUGGUUGUGUUUGUGUGUGCCUUGGGAGAAUUGAUCACAUCCUCUUUGCAAAUUAUAAUGGCGGUCUGCUGUUCUAAACCCAGAAAGCAAAAUUUUACAGAAGAGAGGGAAAAUUAUUUCAUUUUUUUUUUAAUGUACCCUAGUUCUGCAUCUGCUCUUGCUUUUUUCACAACAUUAAGAUUUUGAAUUUCAACCUAAUAUUUCUUGAGCACUGGCAACCAAAACCACAGAUUAAGGAACUACACUUUAAAAAUGUUUCUAAAUUUUUAAGCGAAGUACAUCUGAACAGCUGUCUAACAGUGUGUAUGCUGUAGAAAUGUUGUGGCAGUCUUAUCAGAGAUGUGUAUAUGUGUUCGAAUGUUUCAGAGAGGGUGGUAAAGUCUUCCUGGGAAUUGUUUUCUUGUCAGACGGGAACAAAAUGUCUUUUUACAUUCAUUUUCAUUGAAAAUGGAAAUAGUUUAUGUGUAUUGGGAUGUUGACACAAGACUAUCUUGAGACAUGCUCUGAUGCUGACAUAUGACACGUGCUUAGUGAGAGUAUGAUAUGGACGAGAACAUUGGAAGAUUGAUGUGUUUGCCUGCGUCAGUACAUUUGCUUUCUGUUUGCUUUCUACUUGGAAUUUCUUUGUUAUCUCUAGUUAUGUGGUAUGCCUGCAUUGUAUGAUGUCGCUCUGCUUAAUUGUAAAACCUGCGCCUUAACCGCUGCACUGGUGUCUGUGGUUUAGCAUUCUGGUGGUUUGCUGUUGCUAUUCCCGAGGUGGAGGAAUUUUUAUCAAGUAUCUCGGUCUUUUUGCUGGGAUGUUGUAUCCCCCCCUCAGCGCGGGUUGGUCCUGGUCAGAAGUGUGCCUCCUGAAUGAUUUGGAUGGAGGCUUAAAAAACACUUACAUUUAAAAACAGAAAUUUAGCCACUGCCUUCUUGAAGCUUAAAAUGUUGAUCAGACUUUCUUUAUUUAUGAACUUUGACAUUUAUUUCAUAUGUUAAGGUCAAAGCAACAGCUCCAUUAUUGGGUACCAGAACUACAAUGAUACAAUGUCAUUAAGAUGAAUGAUUUUGCUGCUGCUGCCAAAUAUUCCUGAUCAAGCAUGCAUGUUUUCAAGUGCUUUGUACAUAUUUCUGAGUCGAAUUGGGCAGUGAAGCUGCUAGCGUUUUGGUAGAGGCCCAUUGUGUCAUCUUGUCUGUGACAGUCAUGACUUGUGAUGUAACUAUAAUAGCCACAGAUUCCAGUGACUUUGGUACAACUACUCUUGAGCGUUACUUUUGCUUUGGUAUGUCUCUUGCGUCUUAUCUAUUGUUUCGAAGCAUACCAUAUAUAUUUAUUUUUCUUCUGUACAUUAUUCCUCUAUUUAUAUCAAAUCAUACCUCUCUUUGGGUUGUUAUUUCAUUUCACAUUUGCUGACAAAAGGGAGUAUUUUGUUUUAACAAGAUUGCUAUUAACGUGUUGUUGAUGAAAUGUAACACCUGCUCAGUUUGUCAGUUUGUGUUUUGGAAUCUGAGCCCUGUGACAGAUAAAUUUUAUAAUUAUAUGUAGCCUAUAUGGUUGAUAUCUUAAUGGAAACAUCUUCACAGCUUUGUCUUCUUAUUCGAGACCCCAUAGUUUCGCAAUCAUCAAGUUCGAAUAUUAUAUAUUAAGUUUCUCAUGCACUAAAGACUGAACUUUGUUCAAGCGAGAGCUGUUUUAUAUAUAGCUUAUUCUUUUCUCAGGUGUUUACACUGAAGAAUGUUUGAAAUGAAAUUAAAAGAGAGAAGAUCAAAUUCCACCUUAUUGUUUUUGAUCAUUUCAGUUUUGAGUUCAUUUAAUUGGGAAUGGACUUUUCAUAUUUUUGAGUAUUUUUAUAAGCAUUGUUUUGGUUUUCUAUACAAAUAAUAUUUGCAAAUGAUUGAGUGACUUCCUAAUGUCUUUGUCUUUACUGGGUGAUGGUGUAUGUAUGUAUGUUUUCCCCAAUUUUAAAGAGUUUUUGUAAAUAAUGCUUUGUGAGCACUUUCUGUUUCUAAUUUUGUCUGCUUAUAUGAUGGCAAGUUUUGGCAGACGUUUUACAAAUCAAUUCUGUAUGAUACGGUUUGAACUUCUGGUCAUUCCUGUGAUUUUGAAGUUGUGAAGUUUUGCUUUGUUUUAUAUUUUCAUGCUUUGUGAUACACAAUUUUUUAGUUUUAUUAUUUGACACCAUUUAUGAGCACUUGAUUAAACUUAAACCUUAUGAGAUAAGAUCGGUAGUCGUCAGGUUUAGGAGAUGGGAAAAGGACUUUAGAGCUAUGGUAUUGAAAAGUCAUGCUUCUUUUUGGAUGCGGUUUAGGAGAUGGGAAAAGGACUUUAGAGCUAUGGUAUUGAAAAGUCGUGCUUCUUUUUGGAUGCCUGUUUAAAUUCCUCGUUUAUAAAGACUCGUUAGAACUGGAAUAGAAAGUUAUUUGUGAUGACAUAGAAUCUUUUCGUAUGAAUCUUGAUGUUUUAGUUUUUUACUUUACGAUGGGUUUUCUUCAUGCUUAAAAAGAUAAAAAGUAGGCAAUGAACAAAUAUAGUUCUGGACAGGUCCUUUUUAUGACAUUCGUUGUGUAGCUCUCUCUGUGUCAAGUCUUGAUGUAAUAGGAGUUUAUAGAGUUUAUAGAGCACAAAGAAAUGAAAAGAAACCCCCACCGUUAAUAACUGGUUUUAUUACCUUAUGUAAAGACAGUUUGUCUAGUUUGGGUUAGAUAAGAGAAGGGCUAUGACACAGCAAAAGAAGGGCAAUGACACAGCAGUCUUUAGGUGCAGGGUAGAAGUAAGUUAGACAUAUACAACAGAAGAAAAGAAGUCAGACUACUUAACUUACUAGAACUAUAGGUGCCCUCCAAUCGCCCACUUUUUAAAAAUCCUGUGAUCAGUAUAGUUCGUGAGUGAGAGGAGACACCUGUCCUGUUGGUGCCGGUUUUGUUGAAGGUCCUCUGCGUUAUGGCAGUCUACUGUAAGUCCCAACCAAUCGACCACGGUUUACGGUCUUAUGACACGUCAAGCGCAUCGUACGUUCCUCCUUUUUGGCCUCGGUAAUGAGAGUGCUGAGAGCAUUUAGAUCAAAGGUGGUGGUAUUUUCAUUAAUUAUUGGGCAGUGUGGGUGGGUGGAUUGGUUCAUUUUGCGGUGUCGUUAAGAUCUAAGAAUUUUGCUUAAGAUUAUGAUUGACAAGUAAGUUGCGUCAGCAAGUGACCAGACGGGACUAUUUUCAAGAAAUCAGGGGUAUUAAGAUCCUUAUGGUGGCAGGGCACAGUGAACUGUCAGCUAGUGAGUGUAUUUUCUGGCAUUGUAUUAUUGAUUUUUUUGUUCCUUGAUCUUUGGGAAGCAACAUGGCAAAACCAGUUGCAUGUUGCACUUUAGCAAUUUAACGCUAUGGGUAUCAGAUCAAAUUAAAGAUCCCUCUUCAAACUCUUCAGGUAAGCGAAAACAAUAUUGAUUCAACUUCUUUGGAUUCUGAUUAUUAAUCAACUGAACUUGAGAAAUUGAAAAUGUACAGUUAUAAGAAAAUAAAGAUUUUAGCCCAAUAAUUGGAAACAGCUGAGUUGUUCAAGCGCCUCAAGCAGUUGCUUAUUAUAUCAUGGCUGGUUGGUGGGUUCUCUGGUAUGGUUUGCUUCUUCUUUCCUAUCAAACACCUGUCGUCCUUAUCUCUCCUCCUUCUUUUCUUUGUUACUCUCUAUUAGUAACACUUUUAAUCUUCGGGGCUUAUAUGACUUAUUUGUGUUGCAAGUGCCGUAAAACUUACUAAAACAAUUUUUAAAACUUCAUUGCAUUUUUGUUUGGAGGAUGGUGCACCUCUUACUUGAAUGUCUUUUGGAUAUGAAUACCUACAUAGAUCUAGUAUGGUUCAUAAGAUGAAAUGAAUAUUUCAUCAAUGAGUAGUUCAUUGUUUAUAAAGUGUGUUUGAUAAUGCUUGUCACCUUCUGACUGCCCAGAUAACUGUUUGCUUGGAUAGUCUUACACCAUAAUAUACUUUGCAGCAUUAUCACAAAUGUGUUGACAGAGGCAUUAAAAUCACCCAGGGAUUUUCCCUAGCACAGAUCUGAUGUCACCUCAAGGUGUUUAUGUGGUUUGUCAGUUGUUAAAGCAAUAUUAUUGGCAUCUGUGGUGUAGCCGAGUUAACGUGCAGGAGACCCCAAGUUCAGUUCCUGAGUGGGAAAAUUUUUAUCCAGUGUCUCGGGUCUUUCUGUUGGGACGUUUUUAUCUCUCCCAGCCUGGGUUGGCCCUGACAGGCAGGGUGGAAGCCGAAGCCAGCCUCCUAAAUGAGCUUAAUUGUAUCGAUGGAGAUGUGAGGACUCCUACAUCAAAAAGAAAAAUUGUUGAGAGAUAUUGUUUGAGUAUGGUGUGUUGCAUGAGUGAGUGCAUUUCAAUGUGCACUGUGUUCUACAUGUUGUAUGAAUGUAUGUUUGAAGUGGAGUCAUUUUGCGUAUGUUCUGAAUCAGGUACGUGUUUGAAUGUGUUGUGGAUGAGCAAGUCUUUAUGAUGAGUGAUUUGAUCACCUGUAAACAAAAUUUGUACAGAAAAUUUGAAAUCAUGAACAUGCCAUACACUAUUGCUUGUACACUUUUUUUUCUGUCAUGUGAAAUAAAUCUUGUUCUUUGACAUA